CACUUGCCGCUGCGUCUCCGCCUGCUGCCCAUCUCCGCUCCGGGCGCAGGGACAGGCAGUGGCCCGGCUGUCUUCCACCGUGGACCGAUUCGUGCCGUUGGGAGAUUUAAAAGGACACCUGGGGGAAUGUCUGCUGUAGGGCUGAGUCACAACAGUGAUUUUAGCAAGAUAGGAUGGCUAGCUUAGCUUAGCACGCUAAUGAUAGCCAGCCAGCCAAAUAAACAGCGGCUAACUGACGUUUCUAGGCGAUGCACUUUGCCGUUUAAACGCUGUGAUUUGUUGUGGUUAUUCAGUAGCCUUUUUGGGGGGAAUGUAAUGGAUAAUAAUACGUAACAAGUAUUUUCGGAACAAUAUUGUUGAAAUGCUUUAUUUGUAGUUUGAAAGCAAUGUUAUAGGCUGUCACUAAAUAACUUCUUAGCCAUAUUAGUAAUUGUAAUUGGAUCGUUGGAGUCUUUGGACCUGGGUACUGCUAGAAGAUAUUAGCUGCCAAAACCUAAACCACUGGUCUAGGUAUUGAUAAUGAAACAGUCAUCACAUUCAUAGUUAUCUAGCUAGUUCCUUAGCCGCGAAGUCUAUAUAAUAUACAGUUUCUAUGCAAAUCUGUCAUUUUCCUUAGAGUUUCACCAGUUCGUUUGUGCUUGCUAGCUGGCACGUUUGUUUGGCAUUCACCUACAAAAUCAGUAGGCUGUUACAUACGUCAAUCUAACAUUAUUCAUCUUAUUGAAGAGAUUAAUGAACCGGUUUACAGCAGCACUGGGACAUUAUGAGUGAUCACCAUGAGAAGGCUAAAGUGCAGUUUGAUCUGAUGAAGUCGUCGGGCGAGGGUGCGGACCCUGAAACUGAGGUUGAGCCGGAGCAGGUGGCACCGACAGACGCCUCCGCAUCCUUGUCCCCAGGCACGGAUCACAUCCGCCUAACACUCCGGAGGGAAACGUCCAGGGCUUCCGUGAAUGGACGAAACCGUAGUAAAAGCCGGGGCAAACAGAGCAGCCGUGACAGAAAUACAAAUACCAAGCAAGGCUCGGAUCCGGUAAGACACAAGCCAACGGACUGCGGUCCGGGAAAGGGAGUCCCACAAAGUCCCGACAGUGAUCAGACGCUUCAAAUAAAAGGGACCGAAAAGAUCCUACAAGCUACAACACAGGCAAACGGCACCGCAGAACAACUCAAGGUGGGCAAAGCUGUGCAUGAGAAAGACGAAGGACGUAAAAUCGCUAAAAAGAGGAGAUCGAUCACAGUGGAUACGUCUAAAGCCAAAACAUCACUGGAAGCGCUCAAACUCAGUAUCAAACAGCUCAAGUGGAAAGAGUUUCCAAUGGGCCGGCGGACGGCCUGUGAUAUCUACUGGCAUGGCGUCUCCUUCCAUGACAGUGAGAACAUUGUUUCAGGACAGGUCAACAAGUUCCCAGGAAUGAUAGAGAUGCUGCGGAAGAUCAACCUAAGCCGCGCGGUGCGCACCAUGCAGGAGCUCUUCCCGGAGGAGUACAACUUCUACCCACGCUCCUGGAUCCUGCCAGAAGAGCUCCAGCACUUCUGCGCUCAGAUUCGCCUCUUGAAGGAGAAGGAGCCCACCCUGAAACCCACUUUCAUCGUUAAACCCGACAGCGGCUCACAGGGGGACGGCAUCUAUCUCAUACGGGACCCUGCAGACCUCCGGGUCAUCUCCGGCUCUCAGGUGAAGCAGGCGGUAGUUCAGGAGUACAUCCAGAAGCCCCUGCUCAUCGACAAGCUCAAGUUUGACGUUCGCCUCUACGUCCUGGUCCGUUCUUUGGAACCUUUGGAGAUCUACAUCGCUAAGGAGGGUCUGUCCAGAUUCUGCACGGAACCCUACCAGGAGCCCAGCCAAAAGAAUCUCAGCCAUGUCUUCAUGCACCUAACAAACUAUUCACUGAACGUACACAGUGGCAAUUUUGUCCACUCAGACAGUUGUAGCACUGGAAGCAAGCGCACAUUUUCCAGUGUCCUGUAUCGCUUGGCCUCUAAAGGAGUAGACAUCAAGAAGGUUUGGUCAGAUAUCAUUGCAUUGGUUAUUAAGACAGUUAUUGCCCUCGUUCCCGAACUGAAAGUUUACUACCAAGCUGACAUACCACCAGGGAAACCAGGACCUACCUGUUUUCAGAUACUGGGCUUUGACAUUCUGCUAAUGAAGAACUUGAAGCCUGUUCUGCUGGAGGUCAAUGCCAAUCCCAGCAUGAGGAUUGAACAUGAACAGGAGGUGUCCCCUGGGGUGUAUGAGUACGUACCCAGUCCAGUAGAUGAGGAAGUAAAAGUAAGUGUGAUUAGAGAUACACUGCGUCUCAUGGAUCCUGCCCAAAGGAAACCUCAUUUGUCUAACCUUCUAGGCGGGGCUCCCGAGGAAGCUGUCAUUGUGGAGGCGGGGUUAGAUGAGAAGGCGGAGUUUGUACAGUCACUCCCUUCUCUGUGUUUAAAGCAAGUCUUCCCCAAGUACAUGAAGCAGUUCAACUACCUGAGAAUAGUGGAGCAAAUUGCUGACAUGUUCCUCCGCUUCCUUGGGGUCAAGGGGACCAUGAAGCUUGGUCCAACCAGCUUCCGCACCUUCAUCAGGAAUUGUAAAUUGAGUAACAGCAGUUUCAGCAUGGCAUCGGUGGACAUCCUCUACAUUGACAUCACACGUCGUUGGGCAGGCAUGGCCUCAGACUCCAGAGAAUCUGGGAUGUGUCUGCAGGCGUUUGUGGAGGCGUUCAUCUACUUGGCCUCGCGCAGGUUCAAGGCACUGCCUCUGAGGGAGCAGGUUCUCUCCUUGCUGGAGCUCUGUGACGCUGCUCUCGAGGGGCAGGCCCACGAUGAAAAGCCCCGCCCCCAGAAGCACCACUCCAACCUUAACCCCGCCCCUGCGGUCUCAGAGGCACCGAGCGCACUCGGCUCCUCCGCCCACGCUCGGCAUCAUCUAGACUGCCGAGGUCACCAGGCACUUCAGCCCUCUGCAAAAGAAAAUGUAGAGAACUGAGCGGGGAACGGCCUUGUCGCUCCAGAGUGUUAAUGGCACUUAUGGACAGAAUUAAGCCAUGAGCACAGGCUGCUGUGGGAAUGAGAAAUAAUUUUGGAUAUUUUGCAAAUCUGGACCCAGAGAUCAAGAGAAUAACAGGAUAACAAGAGAUUCAGGACUGACAAAACCAUGGUUGGGGUUGGUUCCAUUACUACUGUUUUUCACAUACAAGUUCUCGGGUGGAGAAUACUGUUUUACACACAGGUCAGUUAAGGUAUGUGUGAGGCAGCCGUAAUCGCACACGCGCGGAAGGGUAAAUCCAUGCUGUGUGCACCGAGGCCAUUUCACACGGAUGGUCCUGUGAUCCCGUUUGGAUUUAGAGAACGGUGCACGAACUCUGUUUUAAUGAUGCUGUGAAACAAGGGAUGGAUGACUUUCAGAUAAAGCAACUAUUCAUACAAAAUGGCCCACUUCAUUUAACCAAUAAAAACAGCGCCUUGUGUCAACAAAUGUUGACACCCAGAUUGUACACUGAAUGCACUACAAGUUAACUUAAACUAAUGUAUUUAUCUCUAGAUUAUUUUAUUCUGAGAUUUUUUUCCACAACAUUGUGAUUAACCACAGUAUGAUUGUAAAUCUGUUGUAAAUUUAAAAAUAGUCAAGUCUUACUGUUUGACUGGCAGGAUUAUCAUACAGAAGAAAAAUGAAACAAUGUGAUAAUUUCUUCUAGUUAAUGUUGCACUACUCUUAAGACAUUUAAUUAGCUUGGCUGACGCGCUUUGGAUGGUCACCGAAUAAACCUUGAAUUUCAGCACA